UAUUUCGACAACUAAUAUUAAAACUUUUAAGCCUCUAUUAUGUCUAUUUAUAUUCGCAUAUAACAUUCAACUCAUAUUUUUUCUGAUUCGUAUUAUCAGACUAAUGAGAUAGAGCAGUUCAAUGAUUGUGUUUCUCAUUAGGAUUCUAAAAUUAAACAGAAAAAAAAGGUAAUUAAUUUAAAUAUUUUUGAGGGAUAAAAACGCUUUAAAAAUCAAAAUGAUAAUGAUGUAAAUUAGAGCUUUGAAAAUCAGAACAAUGUAUACCAGAGCUUGGAAAAUCAGAGCCCUAAAAUCAAGAAAGAAUUAAGUUUAAUAAAUUAAAAUCUUAUAAAAUAGAUUCCUUUUAAAAAGAGAAAAAAAUUUACAUUGGAAUAUUGA